ACACCCCUGGGGACACCGGGGACACCCUGGGGACACCAUUGGGACAUCAUUGGGACACUCUGGGGACCCCCUGGGUACCCCUUGGGACACCUUGGGGACCCCCUGGGACACCCCGGGACACCAUUGGGACACCUUGGGGACACCCUGGGGACACCAUUGGGACAUCAUUGGGACACCUUGGGACACCAUUGGGACAUCAUUGGGACAUCAUUGGGACACCUUGGGGACACCCUGGGGACACUAUUGGGACACCUUGGGACACCCUGGGGACACCAUUGGGACACCCAUGGGACACCCAUGGGACACCCCUGGGACCCCCUGGGUACCCCUUGGGACACCUUGGGGACACCCUGGGACACCCUGGGACACCAUUGGGACCCCCCGGGGACACCUUGGGGACACUGUGGGGACACCAUUGGGACCCCCCAGGGACACUGUGGGGACACCCUGGGGACACCAUUGGGAUACCAUUGGGACCCCCUGGGACCCCCUGGGGACACUGUGGGGACCCCCUGGGGACACCCCUGGGACACCAUUGGGACCCCUUGGGGACACUGUGGGGACCCCCUGGGGACACCCCUGGGACACCAUUGGGACCCCCCAGGGACACCCCUGGGACACCAUUGGGACCCCCCGGGGACACUGUGGGGACCCCCUGGGGACACCCCUGGGACACCAUUGGGACCCCCCGGGGACACUGUGGGACCCCCUGGGACACCAUUGGGACCCCCCAGAGACACUGUGGGGACCCCCUGGGGACACCAUUGGGACCUCCUGGGGACACCCCUGGGGACACUGUGGGGACACCAUUGGGACCCCCCGGGGACACCUUGGGGACACUGUGGGGACACCAUUGGGACCCCCCAGGGACACCCCUGGGACACCAUUGGGACCCCCUGGGGACACUGUGGGGACACCAUUGGGACCCCCCGUGGACACCAUUGAGACCCCCUGGGACCCCCUGGGGACACUGUGGGGACACCAUUGGGACCCCCCGGGGACACUGUGGGGACCCCCUGGGGACACCCCUGGGACACCAUUGGGACCCCCUGGGGACACUGUGGGGACACCAUUGGGACCCCCCGGGGACACUGUGGGGACCCCCUGGGGACCCCCCGGGGCCGGCGGGGGGAGGGGCAGGAGGUGGCUCCGUGUCCUUGGGGGCGACCUCGGGGGGGGAUCCGGUGACAUCUCAAGUGUCGGCAGCUGCUCCUCGGGGGGGACGCGGGGGGACAGCUGCGGCCCCUCCCCCCCCCGCCGCCGGGUGACGUGUCACCCGGUGUCACCGUCACUGUCACCGUCCCGC